UUACCUGUUUUAAUCCUUGCCCCCAAGCCUCCUAAGGCUGUAUAUACUCUCUCCUCUCCUCCUUUUUCUGGCACACCAAAAGCAAAACAAAUCACAGCAAACAACUUCUAAGCAUUUUGGCCUCCAUCUUUGCCAAGUUCUCACGUUUUCUUCGGUUUGACUUUAUAAACCAGCGGUGUGGAACCCUAAUUUUUUUGGGGGUAGCGUUGCUAUCGUUGUGAACCUCUGCAUUGUGUCUGGUGGAACCGGAAGAAGUUUGGACGUACGGGUGGACAAUGUCUGGGAAACAAGCUGUUAGGCUGUCGAGUCCGUGGACACGGUCGUGUGAGCGCAAAAGGAAAUACGCAGAGGAAGCGUCGACAUCUAAGAAUGUGGGAGGUAAAUUGCAAGGGAGCAACCUAUUCGUACAACCGAAAACUGUGGCUCGUUCGGGUGGUGCUGAUAUGCAUACAAAACAAAGAUUACAUUUCCGUUCCAACAUGGCAGGUGUGGUGAAAAUGGUGUACGCAAUUAAGUUGAAAGAUAUGCACCUCGUUCACUUGCGGAAGACACCAUUCUGGUUAUUGUUCGAAGCAAUACUCAUAAAUCAGUUGGACUACAACGAAUUCAGAAAAUGUGAUGAUUUGGUAGUUAGCAUUAUUCGGACUUACAGUGUACGAGCAGGGAUGUUUGUGAUUGGUGGGCGUAGUGUGGAUUUCACCGAUGUGGAUGUGAGGCUUUUGUUUGGGUUGCAAUGUGGGGAUGCGUUCUUAGACUUUACACCCCGUUCUAGGCCAACAUCGGAUUUUGUGCAACGAAGGUGCGGUGAUGUAACUCGCAUUACAACAAAACUUGUUAGGGACUUGUUAGUUGAUGCAUCAGAGGGUGAUACGCAUACUGAUUAUGAGGAUACAGCAAAGCUGCUUUGCUUGUAUGUUUGUGUGAAGUUGUUUUUUUCAACUUCAGGAGAAAACGUUAGUUGGAAUUUUAUUCGGUAUGUGGACAACCUGGAUGCCAUGAAGUUGUACGAUUGGACUGGUGCGGUGCGUAGUAUGUUGAUGAGUUCCAUUAGAGACUUCCAUCGGACACCACAUAAAGUGACCGGAUGUGUUAUUGCUUUACUGUAUUGGUUAUGUGAACACACAUCCGUAGUGAAAGCUAACUCUGCGCACAUGUUCCCCCGAUUCCUGAAGUGGAAUGUUAAUGAAUUGCUAGCAAGUGUUCGUGGUGUGAAUUUGUCGGGCCCACUCAACUUUAUGGUGAAUCCAAGACAGCUUGUUGCUGCUGAGCAUGAAAUGUUUAUAUUGAGAGGGGAUGCUAUGGUUGCCAAAGAUUGUUUGGAUGUGUCAGCUAGGGAAGGUGGGUGUGAUGGAUGUGGCAAAAAUGAGACGGAAGGGUGUAAGGUGGGAGCAGAUGGUGGAAAGAAAGUUGCUGAUAGCUCUAAUACGAAUAGUGAAGAUAGGGGGAAUCUGCCUGAGACACCAAAAAUGUGUGGACAAAGCACGAUGUUAAGACCAGAUGUAUUAUGUGGUGGGGAACAGUUGGGUUUCCAAAUCGGCACGGGCAAAAUCGUUGGUGGGGUGGGAGGCCGAUUAGUCAGUUGUGAUCGAGUUGAGUCAGACGUGAAUGAGUUUGGAGUGAGCAACAUUGACAAAGAUGACGUUAUCGCAAAGUUGGAAGAAGAAGUUGUUCGACUGAAGAAAAAGAAUGAUAUACAGGCAGUACAUAUUGUUGAAGGUUUUGAGAGUGUGCUUAGGGUAAAAGAUGAAGAGAAGAAGAAACUUCAAUUAGAAAAUGCUAAACUGAGGCAAACUGUUGCCAUUCUUGAAGAACAAUUGGCGGAUCAAGCGGUACACAAUGUGAUGCAACGGUUUAAGGUAGGGGACUUGGGGCAUGAGGGUGGCGUGGCUGGCAAGGGUGGUUGCGAGUACGAAUCACAUGGAGGGAAGCAACAUAGCAUGUCGGCAUAUGCGGAGAUUGUUGUGGAUGCCUCACCCGUAACAUCUAUCCCAGCGUCGUCAAAACACAUCGACAGUGGUGUGAUUGCAGAUGUUGUGCAGUGUGCCAAACAUCAAGUGGUUGUGAUCAACCCGAUAAGUGCAGAAGGUGGGCAUGUGGUUGAAGCUCCAAACUCGUUUGUGCGUAGCAUUAAGGAGAAGGUACGAAAAAAUUUGCAACUGCCAGAAUUUGAUUAUCCGAAAUUACGAGUGCAGCAGCGAAAGGUGAACAGUAAUGCUUGUAUGUUGCCAAACAACGUUGCCGGUGAUGGUAUGGGGGAUGUAAUGGGUGGGAAAGUAGUUGACGUGGAGACAGCAAUUGGGGGCGGCAGCAAGUUCUCUGGUUUUGGUAUUAACAACAAGCAUACUGUUUGGAAGAUGAUGACGGAGCAGGAGAAGGGCAUUAUUAGCUCUGCGUAUGAUCGAUACGGUGAUGGUGCUUUAAUGUGGAUUGGCCGAGGUGACGAUAACGCAGUUUAUUUUUCAGAUGUGAAAGCGAUUGUCCGACAAGGUGUUGUACGUGGGAAUGUUAUUGAUGCAUAUGCGGAGGUGCUUUCCGAUGAGCAAACAAGGUUGAAUGCCGGAAAAGACUUCCCAGAGAAUUCAUUUUUUUUCAGCAGUAUAUGUCUGGAUAUGAUGAAGAAUGACAAUGUGGCAGCACGUAAUAAUUAUGUAAUGAGUAACUUGUCUGCUGCAAGAGGCGCUCGUUAUAUUCAUUUUCCCAUUUGUCACCUUUUCCAUUGGACGCUUGUUGUGUACGAUACGAAUGUUGGAAGCUGGAAGCAUUACAACUCAAUGAGGCCUAGGAAUGGAACAGGGGGUGCGCAAUAUGCCGAAGCUAUGCACGUGAAAAAUAUUGUGACUGAGGUACAGCGUCAAUCAUUGGUUGAACGUGGUAUGGAUGAUCUCGUGGCCACGCAAGAUUUCGAUAUCCCGUUGGAAUCAGUUGUUGAUUGUCCUCAACAACGUCCUGAAGCGUUGGAUUGUGCAAUAAUAAUGUGCGCUAUAAUGAGGCAGCAUGUGCAUCACAUUGAAGUGGGGCGAUCAUUGCAAGGAGGUAACUGUAGUGUAUUACGUGCUAACAUGGUGAAGUUAUUUGUGAAUGACCUGGAGCGUGGGAUAGCAAGCAGGGGGGCGUGAGGCAUGGUUUGAACUGACACUAUUGUUGCAUCUGUUUUAGUAUGAUAUUUUGUGAUUAGUUUACAUUCUUAUGGAAGUAUAUUGGAAGAAUUAGGAUUUUUGGUGUGUUGAAAUGGUUUUUGGGUUUAUUCACGUUGAAACGUUGUUAACGUUUGUGUUUUGUGUUACUAUUGUCGUAUCUAUUUUAGUAUUAUAUUUUGUAAUUAGUUUACAUUCUUAUUGAAGUACAUGGGAAGAAGUAGGAUGUAUGGU